AUGUUGCGAUUCGACAUUAUUCUCAAGUUGGCUUUGGUCCCGUCGAUACUCUACCUGCUCAUAUCUGUGGUUUCGGUGGCUUUGACAACGCACUAUUGGAUCCUAACCGACUGGGUUGUACCACGAGGCGUUCUCGUUACGACCUCCGAAUUCGAUGAGCGAGCGAGGCAGUUUGUGACGGAUGCGACAAUUGUCUACUUUACCGAUGCAGAUACCGAUGCGACAAUUGUAUCGGGAUGCUUGAACUUGGCCGCAGCCGUUAUCGCCAUUAUCGCAUGGAGUACCUUGCGAAAACCAGGGAUGGACGCCUUGAUUAACUCGACUAUACGCCGUUUCUGGAUACUCAGUCUUGUCUUCAUGUCCCUUGCUGGAGCGGUCAUGGCCAUCGUAUCGCUCGCACUGCACUAUACGAAACUGGGCAACGACCAAUGGGGAUGUACCCAGGAGCGACUGAUGAUGAGUGGGAAAAUGAAUACAAACGUCUACUGCACCCGAGAAAUGGCCGCAUGCCGAUUUCAACCCGGAUUUGUCACUGGUCAGGAUAAGCAGAAUGCUAGCGUUGCUUGCAACGAAGCCACUGUAGUCAAGUGGAUGCAAAUCAUCUUACUUCUUCUCGGGCUUACUGUACUAUCCAUGUUUUCCCUCCAGGCUUACCUGCGUCGAACCAGCAGGGAGACUAGACUAAUGGGACAACAGGCCCUUACAGAGAAGACUUGA